GAGAAAGAGGACAAGCCAUUUGCACCAUCUGUUUUUAUCUCCUCAAUAUUCUAAAGCUGAAACCUUUUUCUCUUAUUAUUAUUUUUUAAAUAAUUUUUAAAUAUUUCCUUCAGAUUGUUCUGCCUCUCUUAUCUUUGUCCAUUUGAUCCACUUUCUUCCUCUGAAUUUUAGACUUUUGAUUUCUUCUGGGUUCUCCUUGUUUGACCCUCUAUUUUGUCUCCUCUUUGUUGUUUUUUUUUCUCUCGGUUUCCCUCAUUUUCUCGGGAUAUUCAGGGAAAGCUUUGUGAUUUCUGUUCAGCUCCUCUAUUUUUCGUGGUGUCCAAACACGACCCGUUGUUCCUGGGUUGUUUUUGCGCAAACCCUUGUGUUGAUUCUGGAUUCUGCUGUGAAAAGUUGGGAUCUUUAACGAAAGGAAAACGAUGAUGAUGACGAUGGAAGGGAUGAUGGAUAAAGGGGUGUUGGAUGAUAUUAUAAGGAGAUUGUUGGAAGGAAAAGGAGGGAAACAAGUUCAGCUAUCGGAAAGCGAGAUCCGUCAACUAUGUGUUAACGCCCGACAGAUCUUCCUCUCUCAGCCCAAUCUUCUCGAGCUUCAUGCCCCCGUUCGGAUCUGUGGUGAUAUUCACGGACAAUACCAAGACCUUCUGAGACUAUUCGAAUAUGGAGGCUAUCCUCCAUCAGCAAACUAUCUCUUCCUCGGCGAUUAUGUGGACAGAGGCAAGCAAAGCCUUGAGACAAUAUGUUUGCUCUUGGCCUACAAGAUCCGGUACCCGUCAAAGAUCUAUCUCUUGAGAGGAAACCACGAGGAUGCCAAGAUCAACAGGAUUUAUGGGUUCUACGAUGAAUGCAAACGAAGAUUCAAUGUACGCCUUUGGAAGAUAUUCACCGACUGCUUCAACUGUUUGCCAGUAGCCGCCCUUAUCGACAACAAGAUCCUAUGUAUGCAUGGAGGGUUGUCACCAGAAUUGGAAAAGUUGGGGCAGAUAAGGGAGAUCCAAAGGCCUACAGAGAUUCCAGACAACGGUCUUCUCUGUGAUCUACUUUGGUCUGAUCCUGAUCCUAAGAUCGAAGGCUGGGCUGAUAGUGAUCGAGGCAUCUCUUGCACGUUUGGAGCCAAUAAAGUUGCAGAAUUUUUGGAUAAGAAUGAUCUUGACCUCAUUUGCAGAGGCCAUCAGGUGGUGGAAGACGGAUACGAGUUUUUCGCGAAAAGGAGAUUAGUCACUAUAUUUUCGGCUCCUAACUAUGGUGGAGAGUUUGACAAUGCCGGUGCGUUAUUGAGUGUGGACGAGUCUCUUGUUUGCUCCUUUGAGAUUCUGAAACCCGCCCCAGCUUCAAGCAGCAGUGGAGUGACUCUCAAGAAGGUACCCAAAAUGGGAAAGUCAUGAAAGUCAUAGGCUUUUCUCUUGAGAUCUGUACUGUACCACAGCUCAAGGUAGACAUGAAAUUAAGACAGCCAGUUUCCUCUGUUUAUGUCUCUUCAGUUAUUGGUGAUUGCAAUGAAGAACACAAAGGCUACUUAGUCAUCAGAGAAGACACAUGUAAAAAGAGAGAGAGGACAAGGCAAAAUCAGUUUUUUCUUUUUCUGUGUAUAUAUGCAGAAAGAAAGAUCUCUCUUCUGCUUCUGGAGAUAACCUAUCUCCUUUAGUCUGUUUCUUUUCUCUUUGUGCCUUAUUCAGCAAAACCCUUUCGCAUUAUCAUGAAAAUUACCACGUUUCUCAUCGUUCA